AUGAAGCGCCAAACGACCGCAGCGCACUCGACCACCUGCGCCGCCAAAAGAGUCACAUUUGCACUCUCGACAUUCGCGUGUUCCAAGGACCCCAAGCACGGCACAUACACCGGCCUCGUCGAGACUUGCGACGGACACCCCGUCGUUCCGGGCUGUCCCGUCUGCGCGGAGGACUACAUGGCCCAGCGGGCGGCGGCGUACCGAUCGACGAAUGGAGCUGGACGGGGUGCCGGCCAAGACAAGUAG